UCUAAUCUCGUAUAGGUUUGUAGAGCCUACUACAAUACUGCGCAUGAGUUUUAUGAAUCUGCUCAUCCGAUGGUGAGUGAAGUCAAGACUUAUGGACCAAUACGACAUAUUUAUUGAGGCCUUCAUUUGAAAGCAAAAAGGUCUGCUGCUACACCCUGGAAGAGCAUCGCGAGACGGCUGGGCAAAGAACAACAUACGACCGUAGUGUAAACACCCUACCGGGUCUGCCUGCCAGUCCUUAUCGGAUCUGAGCCCUGGUCAGUUUGGCAUCUUAGUUUGAACCGCUUUCUUGUGACCUUCACGUAGAAGUCCUCGUCUCUGGAAAUUUUGGCAACACUCGCGUUCGUUGGUGCAUCAUCGACAUUUCCUUCAGCAACCAAAUUAGACGGCCGCAUCUCGAAACUCAGAUGUGUGCUCGUGUGGAACCUGAGGCAGGUGACCAAGAUACGGUGCGAAAAAAAGAGUGCCUUAGACACGUCUGGAUGAUGACGCCAGAGUCUGUACAGCGUCUGCUCACAAAGACGUACGACCCUCAGAGCCAACGUAAACGGCUCUCAUCAAUUUUUAGCUACGUCUUCUGGCAGCUAGUUGUUGGGGUAGUGUAUGCAUAUAAUGCCUGGACCCCGCUACUGAGAGUCACUUUUUGGGAGGAGAACACGUGGAAGCUAUUCAAAACUUUUGACAUUGCGGCGGACAUUGUGAAUAUCGUAGACGUCGUAUGUUGUCGGCCUCGUGAACAAUUUUACAAGUCAGGCUGCCCUGUCCGUUCGUUUCGUAAGACGUGGCUAAAUUACCGUACGUCACCCAAUUUUCGCAAUGACAUGCUAUCACUUCUGCCUCUUGAGUAUCCUUUCGCCGCACACUUCAGUCUAGCGCCACUUCUCAGGUUGAACCGCCUCCUUCGCAUCGAUAGCUACACGCUCAUAUUCAGAAAAAUGGAAAUGGCGUCAAGCAUGGCUUUUCUGUGGAGGCUGCUACGAAUAGUAUCCUAUAUGAUGAUGAUAAUUCACUUCAACGCGUGCGCCUAUUUUGUAAUUUCGCGUAUUGAAGGAAUCGGCUCGAACGCGUUCGUCUAUCCCGGCAUCGGCGAUUUACCGUAUAUCAGAUGCUUCUAUUUUAGUUUCAAGAUGGCUGCUGGCAUAGGAAAAAACGUAAAACCGACGCAUGAAUUAGAAUAUAUUUUCAUGGCGUUCCUUUGGCUACAAGGUUCGUUCAUCUUUGCCUUUAUACUUGGUCAGAUUAAAGAUAUCGUGAGUACAGCCGCUUAUGAAGAAACCGAGUACCAAACGUCUAUGGAUCUCGUUAUCAGACACAUGGUCCAGAUGGGCAUCCCCAAAGAGUUGGACAGAAAGGUGCGUCGUUACCUUGUUGAAACGUAUGCAACGAAAAGAACCCUCCGCGAAGAUGCUAUGCUGCAUAUCCUUCCGCAAAAUCUCAGAGCUGAAGUUGUAUCUUGCGACAUAAAGGACAUUGGUAUUCGAAUAUAGUUUUGUACACAGAGAGCUGCAGUUACGUUAUGGGAACUUUAAAACUAACGCCAGGCUCACAUCCCUGCAACUCUAAGAAAAGUAAAUACGGGUGACGAAAACAUCCGACUAAGUUCAAGGUCGUGGGCUGCUUCGAUAAUAAAGGUCUUCAAUGCGGUAUCGUUCAUACUCUGGCUAAUUAUAUGCAUGUAAAAUAUAUAACGAUGACCAAUGUAGGUGCGUUGAAACGAAUGUGUGCCUAAGAAAAUAUAAGGAAUCUUAGUAUAGGGAAUUUUGGAAAUAUAAGGAAAAUUUUGACAAGAAAUGAGAGGUGCCUAAUAGUUCAAGAUUACAAUAAACAUAUACGAUAAAAUAUUAAUUCGGCUCUCUAUAUUUAGUUUGAUGCUGUAUUUCUGCCGUGUUUGACAAAUGA